ACGCGCAAUGCCUCCAAGGAUGCCGCGCGGAGGGACUUGGAGAACAACCCGCCCUCAUGCCUGAUCGGCUCCAUGCAGCAAGUGAACAGAAGGAUUGCUGAAAUCGACCUGGUUCCCAGCCUGCUGACCAACACCCUGCAGCCAAGAGACCACCAGCCACGGAAGGGGAUUUGUGCGGAGACCUAGACCUCAAGAGCACCAGAUCCUUCAUGACGAGGCGGAAAACAGCCGAUAAGAACCUGCUGGUGGAGCUGUAUCAGUACCCAGCCUUUGACAACACCAAGCCCAACGAGCUUCCCAAUGCGGUGGCCUUCUGCGACAUGGUGGGCAACGUGGUCCGGGCUGAGAGAAACCCUGUCAGUGGCAAGUCCUUCUGUUCAGAUAAAGAGUUGAAGAAGUUUCUCUCGGCUCCCCUCCUGAAAUCCUUGUGGCUGGACAGCUUCUGGUGGCUUUUUCAUGAAAGGUACCAGCCCAACAUCGAGACCCAGAAGAAGCUCUUCGACCGGGUGGCCCGGUGCUAUGCCCUGCUGCUGCUCCGGGAGCCCAGGUCCCACUAUGAAGAGGCACUUUUGCAGCGGUUGCCAUCACUUCUGAGCAAAGCCGUGUACACCAGCUUCUGCUGCUGCUUCCCGCAGUCCUGGUUCAACACGCACGAGUUCAAGGCCUAUGUGUGCAACACAAUAAACCUGUGGAUUGCAGGCACCUACCCUUGCCUGCAGGGUUAUGCCAGCUGGAACUACUCGGAGCUGGACCCGGAGCGAUCCCGCAGGGCAGAGUUAAUGUUUCAGAGAAAGAAGAUGAUGAGGGGAAGAGAUUUUUCUUUCUUCACUUCUAAGAGACAUUUUUCCCGGAAGCCAACCCAGAGCAGGAAAUCCCAUUAUGCCCAUCCGACCUCCGCGAAAACCCCCUUGGCCACCCAGGAAGUCAAGGGCAGCUCACAAGCACCGAAUCCCGUGAAGGGUCCGAGGCCGGCCAGGAAAGGGGCAGAGCGUCAUCCUCGCACUACCUUCACCGAAGCGAGAGAAUAUGAGAACACUGCCUCAAAGCAGUCCUGCCCCGCCGGCCGGAGUCCUCCACUGACGUCAAAUCUCUUCAACGUCUACGGGAAGAGCCCCCUGAUUGUGUACUUCCUGCAGAACUACUGCGUUCUGCCGCAGUACGGCAUGGAUGUGCUGGUGGUCCGGAAGGAGCAGACCAAGGCCGUCCCAGACUCCACCCUGACCUACGCGGAGCUCAUCACCCUGACGCUGAGCAACAUGCAGAAGCGAAAGGACGACUUCCGCCAGCUGACACGGCUUCACUGGAGCGAAUGGAAUUACUUCAACAACUACCUGCGGGAACUGCGGGAGAACUUCGUGAGGGAUGUAAAGACUAUGAAUAAAAGAGCAGCCGAGAAAAAGAAGGCUGACCACAGAUUCAUCCCACCUUCCCCCUUGGCUGAGGAAUGGCCUGAAAAGAAGUCAGGAGGAAGCCAGCACAUGGAAACAGUGUUUCUUUUAAGGAAGGACAAGAAAGAGGAGGAAAGAGCAGAAAAACAGAGCCUAAGCCUCCUCCCCUCUCACUAUACCACCCCGAUGAGCUCCAUUCCCUGGAAGAAGGAGAGCCCCAGCAGGACCCGAGACAUUUCCGAGAGCAGGGAGGCUGAACUCAUCACGAAGUCCAGAGCCAUGCCGAGUCCGAGUCCGGGGCCACCCAUCCUCAGCCUCUCACCCUCCAGCUCAAUCGAGUGACACUGUGUCCCAAGGUUAGAAGGAGCUCCGCAUGGCAAACCGACUACAGGUGUCAUCAAUUUCAUCUGUGAUAGAAACAGUAACACAACCUCAGCUCCGGGAACCUCUAGAACAUUAAAGUUCAU